AGCGGCGGGCGGGCGCUUCCCCACGCUGGCGUCCGCCAGGCAUUGCUGAAAGACGCAAUGUUUAGCCCCAGAGGAACCUUGCCCCCGAGGCCCAGAGGACCCAACCCGUCGGGCACCAAAGCCCCGGGAGCUUUCGGGGCCGGAGGCGCGGCGGGGCCGCCCAGGAAAGCCGCGCCCGCAUCGCCCCAAGGAGCGCCCCAAAGAUUUUCGGGGCAGGACGCGCUGCAGUGGACGGGUUCGCAGAGGAUCAACGUCCGGGUCACGCUGCACAGGGCCGAUCCCAGGAAGGUCAAGGAGAAGAGCAACCUGCACCAGGAGCAGAAGGGAGACCCGCGUGCCAAUCGCUGGGACAGCGGCGCCGGCACGGCCGGGCCGAAACCGCCCGGCCCGGCGCCGGUCUUGGAGCAGAAUUCCAACCCCCAGAACCGUUACACGCCCGAAAGCGCCUCCAGCAUUUUAGCGAGCUUUGGGUUGUCCAACGAAGACCUGGAAGAGCUGAGCCGCUACCCCGAUGACCAGCUGACACCCGAGAACAUGCCCAGGAUCCUGCGGGAGAUCCGCAUCCGGAAGCUGGGCCACGCCGUGCCCGGCCUGCACGCUGCGAACCGGGGAGAGGAGCCGGCGGGCGACGGCAGCGGCGGCGCCGUCAAGGGCAAAGUCAUCGACUACGGCCACGCCAGCAAGUACGGCUACACCGAGGACCCGCUGGAGAUCCGCACCUACAACGCCGAGGCGCUGCCCGAGGAGCCGCUGGAAGCGCGCGUCUACAACCCCGAAAGCUCGAGCGCGGAGAACCGGGAAGAAUUCCAGCGGGAGCAGAACGUGCCGGUGGCCGUCCCGCCGCCGCCGCCCAGCGUGCCGUGCAACCCCGUGUUCCCGGCCGAAGACGUCAUCAAGCUGCCGGCGUUCCCCGCCGACUCCUCGCCGGCUCCGCCGUUUUUCCCGGCCGAGCCGCCGGCCAAGGUGCCGGGGCUGUGCGGCGCCUCCGCGCCCGCCGCGCUGCCGGUGGUGAAGCCGGUGUCCCAGCCGCCCAUGCCGCCGGUGCUGCCGCCCAUGCUGCCGGCGCUGCUGCCCUCGCCCAUGCCGCAGCCCAUGCUGCCCCCGGUGAUGCCGCCGCUGGUGCAGCCACCCGUGAGCCAGCACGUGUUGCCGCCCAUGACGUCUCCUCCCUUCUCGGCCGGGCUCUUGGCCGCCAUCAGCCAACACGAGCAGAAGCAGCGCGACGCCGGCAACUCCCACUCCGGACCCGGCUCCGCCGGCGGGACCUCGGCGGGACACAAAACCUUCCACAAAACUUUCCACUCGCCCGUAGAGGAACCCAUCAAAUCCCCGUUCGGGGUGGUGAAGGCGUCCUGGCUGCCCGUGUUCCCCGAUUCCCAGAAGAACAAACGCCUGCCCACCCCGUCCAUGAUGAACGACUACUAUGCCACGUCGCCACGAAUAUUCCCACAUUUGUGUUCUCUGUGUAACCUUGAAUGCACUCAUAUGAAGGAUUGGAUCCUGCACCAGAACAACCCCGCCCACCUCGAGAGCUGCCGCAGGCUGCGCCAACAAUAUCCUGAGUGGAAUCCUGAGGCUCACUCCUCCAGCAGGAAUGCCGCCGAUCGGAAGGAGAACCGCACCCCCAAGCACCGCUCCAGCUCCUCCAGCCCGAGCCGGCGCCGCUCCCGCCCCUCGGGCGGCUCCUCUCGUCCCUCCUGCUCCUCCUCCUCCUCCUCCUGCAGCUCCGCCCUCCGCCGUUUCCGCUCCCGUUCCCGCAGCCCGGGCCGUUUCCGCCGGCCCCGUUCCCGCAGCCCCCGGCCCGUGCGGCGCCCGAGCCCUCGGCACCGCUCCCGUUCUUCGCGCUGCUCCCGUUCCCGUUCCCGCUCCCCGCAGCGCGGCCGCGCCCCGCCCCGCCCCGGGCCCCGAGCGCGGCCCGAGCCCAGCGCCGAGCGCGGCUCCUCCCGCCGCUGCAGCCGCUCCCAAGACAGGAAAGCAGCUCUCGAGGCCGUCAUGAGGACCCUGGGGCCGGGAUUUUUGGCCGAGUUCAGGAAACACAAAUCCCUGCAGGCGGCUUUGCUGAGGGAGGAGGCGCUGAGCUGUGGCACGGUGCUGCGCGUGUCGGAGCUGCCCAGCCACGGCUUCAGCGACCGCGACAUCCGAGAGCUCGUGCAGCCCUUCGGGACCGUGAGCGACCUCAUCGUGCUGCGCUCCAGGAAUGAGGCGUACCUGGAGAUGAAUUACAAGGAGGCCGUGAUGGCCGCCGUGAAGUUUGGGGAGACGGCGCCGCUGGAGCUGAACGGGAAACGCGUCCGGGUCAGCGUGGCCGAGAGGGCUCAGGCGAAGAAAACGGUGAAGAAACGAAUCCUGAACCCCAAAAAAACCCCAACCAGCACCAAGAAAGUUCUGAGCACCAAGAGCCCCAAAACCCUGACAGGAAAAGCUGCAGCUGAAGAUCCUGGGCUGGAAAAUGAGGAAUUGGAGCCUGAUCCCAAAAAUUCUGAUCCUAAAAAUUCUGAUCCCAAAAUUCCUGAUCCCAAAAAUCCCCCAGAGCAGGACGAGGCGUACGUGGAGAUGGCGCGGGGCCCCGCCGAGGCCAUGGUGAGAUUCUACAGCGGCCACAGCGCGGCCACCGACGGCCACGAGCUGAGAGUGGAGCACGAGGCCAGACACACGGACCUCAGGGAUGAGGUGGGAAUGAUCAUUUGGAAAUUUUGGGGCAGUUUUGGCAAAGUGGAGCACUACGCCGUGCUGGCCAACUGCCACCGGGCCAUCCUGCAGUUGGACAGUCCCAAAUCAGCGCGGUACAUGCACAGUUUCCUACAGCAGUACCCCUAUUCCAUGGGGGAGCACACACUCACCUGCUCCUUGUCCUGCCACACCGACUCUCCUCAGGUGAAGAGAGAGGAAGGGAGCAGAGCAAGCUCCGGCUUGAAAAAAAUUCCAGAGGGAUUGGGGACGGUACAAAAAACACCCGGAAAUCCAUCGGGAGAGCCCAGGAAAGGCCAAAUUCCAAGCCCAAAUGUCCAGGAGGACAUUCCAGGGGGACAAGUGGAGAUUGCAGAGUCUCAGCCAGCAGGAGCAGGGGUGGAUGUGGAGGGAUUGGAUCCUGGAAUUGGAAUUCCCGUGGAUCCCGCUGGCAGCAAAUCACCCGGAGCGAGGUGGGAGGAGAAACCGGCACCGCUUUGCGGGGCAGGGAAGGAGGAAAGGGAUGAGCCAGAGCUGGAAAUGCAAAAGGAGGAUGAGGAGCCCUCUGCUCCCACCGUGGAUCCUCAGGAAUCAUCCAGCAAAGGGAUCCCAGCUGGAGGAACACCAGGAGCCAUCCCUGGAAUGUCCCCGAGCUCGGACGAGGCUCCCGCGGUGUCACCCGGUGUCACCCAGCCUGCUCCUCCUGCUGCUCCGGAAAAAACUCCCAUUCCUGAGGCUGGGAAAAGCAGCUGUGAGGCAUCCACGGAGAGGAAAACUGUCCCAAAAAGUGGGGAUGCUCCAGGGAAAAAAUGGGAUGUGGCUGGAGCAGAGAGGGAGGGGACGACGGAGGAAUCCGUGCUCAAAAUGGGGGAAAAUCCAGGGAAGAUUUGGAGCAAAGCUGAGACAGAGGUGGAGAAAACAUCUGGAAAAACAUCCUGCAAGGGUGGGGAAAACUCUGGGAAUGCUGUUGGUGAGAUCCACGUGGGAAGUUCGGUUAAAACCCCACAGAAUAAAGGGAUGGGAGCUGUAAAAUCCGAGGAAAGCCAUGUGGCAGCUCCAGUAAAUCCCACUGCAUCCCAAAAGGAAUCUGGAACUGGGAAAACCUUUCUGAAGGCAGUGGUGUCUGUCCCAGAUAUCCUGAAACAGAGAAUUCCCGUCAGGAUCACAGAGCCUUCCCUGGGAAAAGCUGGGGAACAGAAAAUCCCCCUCAAAUCUGGGCCAGAGAAGAAAAUCCCAAACAAAGCCACGGCUCAGCCGGGAACUGGGAACCAAUGGAAAGGGAAUGGAAAUUCUGGGAUGGACGCACAGGGAGACAGUGGGAAAAGCUCAUCCCAGCAGGAAAAGGAUUCCCAGCUGGAAUCUCGGGCGAGCUCCAAGCAGCAGGGAGAGAGUGGAACAUCUGGCACAUCUGGAACAUCUGGCACGAGGGAAAAUCCCAGCGGGAAUCAGGCUCCUGGUGGGGGUGGUGCUGCAGCGUGGAAAGGCAGCACUGGGAAACAGAAGGAGGAGGAAGAGCUCUUCCCUUUCAACCUGGACGAGUUUGUCACGGUGGACGAGGUGCUGGACGACGCCGAGUCUCCGGCGGCGCCGCGGCGAAACCCCCCGAGGGCCAAGAGAAAAGAAACGGCCAAAGCCAACCCUUCGGAACCGGCCAGCAAGAAGAGGAGAGGGAAGAGCUGCGGAGCCGAAGGUGAGCUGUCCUUUGUCAGAUAGGAGGAGGAGGAGGAGGAGGAGGAGGACGCGCCGGUGCCGCUGCCGGGCGUCGACCCCCAGGGCCUGCUGGUGGUGGAUGAGGUGGUGGAAGAGGAGGAGCUGUCGGAAGCCGUGAAGGACCCGCAGGCGCUGCUGACCCUGGAUGAGAUCUCGGAGCAGGAGGAGCCGGCGCCGCACGGCAGCGGGCGCCGGGCGGAGUUCGAGGAGCGGGACCUGAAGGCUGAGCCCUUGGUGACCGUGGAUGAGAUCGGAGAGGUGGAGGAGCUGCCCCUCAACGAGCCCGCCGAGCUGGGCGCCGCCGAGGAGGGAAAGGCCAACCCCGACGACCCCAACGCCCUGGUGACCGUGGAUGAGAUCCAGGAGGACAACGAGGACAAUCCUCUGGUGACUCUGGAUGAGGUGAACGAGGAUGAGGAUGAUUUCCUGGCCGACUUCAAUCACCUCAAAGAGGAACUGAACUUUGUUACGGUCGAUGAAGUCGGCGACGAGGAAGAAGAAAACGCUUUCCCGGGGAAAGUCCUGCCUGAAGAUGAAGAUGAUGAAGAUAUUGUUGCUGUUGCAGGACCAGAAGAAAUGGAAAUUCUGGGAGAUACAAAUCCAGAGGAGGAAAUGGCUGAAAUCUCUAAGCCAAAAGCAGCCCAGCUGGGAUCAGAAGAUGCAGAACCAAAGUCUCAGCAGAAGAAAACGACUUUUCCAGGAGUCCCCAAGACACAGAGCACUCCCAAAGCUCUGGAUAUCCUGGUCCCAAAGGCCGGAUUCUUCUGCCAGAUCUGCUCCCUCUUCUACGCCGACGAGCCCUCCAUGAUCAACCACUGCAGGACCCCCCUGCACCGGCAGAACAUGGAGAAAUUCAUGGCCAAGCAGCAGGACAGUGGUGGGGAAGAGCCGAGCUCCAGGUGAUGGAGCUUCCCAGGAACGACGCUCCAGGGCCAGUCAGUUCUGUGUGUUUGGAUUCCCUUUGGCAUUUGGGGUCAGGAAGGAGCAUCCAUGGUGUAAAAAUUCGGGAACAGACUAAAACCCAAACCAGGAAAGGGUUGGAUUUGUGUCUCCAGUCAUCCGACGUGGCAGACAGAGACUGUUGGAGGUGUCCCCAGGAAAUAAAUGUUCUCAUUGUAUAGUUACCCCA